GUGUAACCGGUUACCAAACAGAGCAAAAGAUCAGAGUAGUCCAACAGUCGGAAGUCAGUUGGUCUCCCUCUCUGGCUCGUGCUGUUGCUCUUCUCUUCUCCUCCCUCCCCUCUUCCACCAUAGCCGAAGCUUCAGCCAUUGCCGAAGACCACCAGCCCCGUCGGCGUCGGGGCCACCAUUCUCUCGGUGUAGACAUCUUUCUUCCUAACCUCUCACUGUCUUGACGUCAAGAACCAGAGUUUCUUCCAUUCUAAUCGAAUAUUUCCAAGAGAUAUUUUCUAUAGCUCAGAUAGCCGGCCCAAGCUGAUUGCUGGAUCACCUGAUGGGUAUUCGGGGCUUGUGGAUGGAAAGCCAAGAGAAGCUAGGAUGAAUCACCCAAAAGGGAUUACUGUAGAUCACAGAGGAAAUAUCUACAUUGCUGACACUCUGAAUAUGGCCAUCAGGAAGAUCAGUGAUGCAGGUAGAGUAGAGUUUUUGCUUAAAAACAGAUGUACCAUACAUUUAGUUAUGAACUUAUAUGAUUUUAUGUCAUAACCAAUACCAUAUUAAUCAUAACCACUAUCAUAUUGACUCAUAACUUAGUUAUAUUCAGUUAUUUAUUUAUACCAUACUAUCUCAUAAUCAAGUCAUAACUAAAUUACUUAAAUAAUUUAACUCUCAAAUAGGCGACCGGUGUAGCCGGUUAGAAGGGGAAACAAAAUUGAAUCAGUCAUGUUUGGCCCUCUUGUUGGCUCUUCUCCUCCCUCUUCUCUUCCCUCUUCUCUUCCGCCAUAGCCGAAGCUUCCAAGGAUCACCAGCCUCGUCGGCGAUCCGAGCUUCAGCCAUGUCGACAUCUUCUUCACAAGCUCUCACUCUCUGGACGUCUCCACCAUGGGUUUAUGACCAAAGACCUAGUCAUCGUCUUUUCCCUUCCCUUCCAGUCGAAUCGAAUUUUUCCGAGAACUCUUUUCCGUAGUUCAGUCCUUGGGAGUUGAGGCUUAUACAUCAUGGCAAGGAUUAAACCUCAAGCUCUGCUACAACAAAGCAAGAAGAAGGGUCCAAGUCGUAUCGGUGCCACUACAGUUAUUUUAUACAGCUUAAUUAUAGUUGUGAUGGUGUUUUUCCUGUUUGCUAGUUAUAGACAUUGGAUUCAGAGGUCAAUAAUUCAAACAGAGCAUCGGUUAUCAGUUAUUGAGCGUGACGAUGCUUUUGCAGAUGGAAAGAAAUCUGAUGUCCCCGGAUAUGUUAUUUUAAAUACCUCAAAAGGGUCAAUAACAAUCGAGUUAUACAAAGAAGGCUCUCCUGAGGUGGUUGAUGCAUUUAUUGACUUAUGUCAGAGGGGGCACUUCAAGGGGAUGCCUUUUCACCAUGUAAUAAAGAACUUUGUGAUUCAAGGAGGUAAUUCUGAUAUACCUGGAGCUACAGAUGAUUGGACUUUGAAAGUAAAGCAUAACAACCAACUUGAAACAAGCAUGAAGCAUGAGGCGUUUAUGCUUGGUACUACAAAGGCUAAACAUGACAGAGAGGGAUUCGAGCUUUUUAUUACAGCUGCACCAAUCCCUGAUCUAAAUGAGAAGCUGAUUGUGUUUGGGCGGGUCAUUAAGAGAGAGGAUGUUGUUCAGGAAAUUGAAGAGGUGGAUACGGAUGAACAUUAUCGACCUAAAUCUCCAAUAGGAAUCAUCAAUGUGACUCUGAAAGAGAAGGUUUGAAGGAGGUUUUAUCAGUUUAAAGCUUCUUUCAAUGGCAUGGUUUCCCCAUCUUAGAUGCCAACGUGCUAAUAAU